GCAUGCUCAUCAUCCACCACCGAACAAGAAGCUCGCCCAGUCACUCGGCGUGCUCGCGCUGCGCUAAGCUAAGCUAAGCUAACGAAGAAUGAAAUAAACAAAGAGUCAGAGAGACGAAGAAGAAUGCGAGCGGCUCCCACGGACUACAACACGUUUAAGAGUCACUAGAGAAAAUCACGAGAUAAUUUGUGAUGGCUACUACUGAGAUGGAUUCUGGUUCUUCAGAGAGCAGAUCAGAUCACGGCACGUUCGAUCCGGAUUCAAAGUACCCACUGAAAGUCCUUUACUGCGGAGUGUGCUCUCUGCCUACGGAGUACUGCGAGUACAUGCCUGAGCCAGCCAAAUGUAGGCACUGGCUUGAGAAGAACUUUCCAGAUGUGUUUGCCAGGAUGACUGUAGGUCCGGCAUCGAACGCACCCAAGCAGGAAACCGGCACUGGAGAAGCUCCCCCUGCAGGCGAGGACGAGGAGAAGAAGAAACAGAAGAGAGGUGGAAGAGGUCAGAUCAGACAGAAAAAGAAGACGGUGCCUCAGAAAGUCACGAUAGCAAAAAUCCCAAGAGCCAAGAAGAAAUACGUCACACGGGUGUGCGGCCUGGCAACGUUUGACAUUGAACUCAAAGAGGCUCAGCGGUUCUUCGCCCAGAAAUUCUCUUGUGGUGCCUCCGUGACAGCAGAGGAUGAAAUAAUCAUUCAGGGAGAUUUUACAGACGACAUCAUCGACGUGAUUCAAGAGAAAUGGCCUGAGGUGGAUGACGACAGCAUCGACGAUCUGGGUGAAGUGAAGAAGUGAAGACCAAAUAUGCACUUUUACUGAAAUGGAUGUGACCUGUAACAGCAACAGACCUGGCCAAAUGUACACACAUUAAGUCAUUUUAUACCUAUUUUAUUUACUGUUCAUAAAAAAGCUGCGGACUUGGGCCACUCACUUGGCAUAUUUUUUUUUUUUUUUUUUUUUUUUAGUUCAUAGCUGCUUUCUCUCGUUUGCCAAAGGUGUGGUAUGACGUGAAUCCCUCCCAAAUGUUCUUCACUCAAACUGUAGGCUAAUAAAUUUCAGUCCUCCACCUUUCACCUGAA